GGUUUAGUAGAUGUAGGAUUGCUUACCUAUCAGGUAUUGUUGUCAGAUUGGGAGAUUGAUAUGAAGUUUUUAAUGGUUGCAUUUAUGCUUUCCCUCCUGUGGGUUGCCGAUGCAGGUAAGUUUACACUGAACUGAUCAAAAAAAUCACUGAGCUUAAUAAUCUGUUAUCACUGGGUUAUUUUAGGUUGAAAUUGGCAGAGACCACAUAUAACGCGGUUUUGUUAAACAACGGAUGAACUCCGUUUCAACAACCGCCUAAACUUUGUGUUUUACGUACCCAUCCACGCAACAUCACAGUGUUUGAAGGCUGCAGAUUUUGUAGUCUAAUUUUCAGGAUUUUAACUAGCAAGUUUAGAAAGCUGUUAGGCCACUUCCUCAGGUAUCUGUAUUUUUUGAUUUUUUUUCGCGGAUUGGCUUUCCCUCCACACGUAUUGGAUGAACACCGUCACUGAACACUUAACUUUUCAAAACGCUUUCAAGAGGGAAAUGUUGUGAAGACGCCACUUUCCUGUAUUGGACUGGAGAGAUGAAAGAUGAAUGUUUCUCUGCCACUUCGCCUUUUUUACGGCUUGUAUCAUCCCAAGUUAGUUUUCCUUUUACGUAAAAUGUUCAAGCUUGUUGAAAGUAAUUCAGAAUGCGACGCAGGGCUGGAAUGUCGAAGCGUUAAACGACCCAGCAGAGUUCCACUUACAAGACCUCGAGGUUCUUAGUUUGACCAGUACGUAAAAGUGCUUGGGUAGACAGCUUUGUCGACCAAACAUUGAUAUUACAGAAACAGAGAGAGAAUUAUAGAAUAAUUCAGGCCCAAUCCGUGUGCAUAAAAAAAAAUUCUCGUUUUCAAACAAAAAACGAAUACGUGUGGACGGGUGUAAACGAUCCGAAAACGGCAGUGUGGACCCGAAUUUUUUGGAAAAAUAUAAAAAGAUAUUUCCUUUUUCAGACAAAAAAAGAAUACGUGUGGACAGGGCCUUAGUAAUUGUCACUGUCAGUAAGGACAGGGCAGGGGCCACGGAUGAUGGUCGGCCAAUCUCCUUCAAACUUUUACCGUUUGUUCCCUAUCGGAUAAGAUUGUGAUCGGUGAUAUUAUUGGAAAUAUAAAAUAAAUCGCAUCCAAUUUUGACCACCCCCUAAGUUUUUGCGUUAUUUAAAAGGCUGAGAGAGGAAAAAUUGUUGAAACUAAAAUGCUACUUUUUCUUGCUUUGCAUUGUUCUACUGAAAUUGUAUGAUGUUCACGUAUUUGUGUGUAUUUCAACAACUUAUUUCUACAAUAACAUGGUAUUUACACAAAAACGGCUUGCCCUGGCACCUUCCUAAACACUGCCACUUCAGUAUUGGGUCAAGAGGAUUAACACGAUUUUAGUCAAUUUUAAAGCCUAAUUUUUCCAAGGUGCGGAACUUUACUGAUAAACUGGGGCUAUUUUUUAUCAGUCCUUCUAUAGCUUUCAGGAAAUUUGAAAACUCUCAUUUGGCAAGUUAAAAUCGUUUAGAGAGAGCUUUCUCGGAAGUUUGGCCCUAUUAGCAUAAUAGUCUAAAUUUCUCAGAAAAAUGUCACGCUUUUAUAGUGACGAGAUCAGGAAAAUUGAAAACUCUCAUUUGGUACGUUAAAAUCGUUUAGAGAGAGCUUUCUCAGAAGUUUGGCCUUAUUACCGUAAUCGUGAAAAAAUUUCCUAGAAAAAUGUCACGCUUUUAUGGUCACGAGAUCAGGCGAUAACGUACGAACCAUUUCACAACUACGCAUGAGGAAUUUUUCGGCAGUUUCUGUCGUAUGUUCUUGCACAGGGCAAGUGUUUUGCAUGUAUAUCCUAGUUACAUAUUGUUAUAAACCAUUGAGUUCAAUAAAUUGACAAUUGUACGACGUGACUUUAUUAAAAAUUUAGAAAUAUACAUUUUGUCGGGGUUUGUGGUUAUGUAACGAUAUCAGUAAUCUAUUGUGAAGAUAUGCGGUUUAUUACCAAAAAUUGAAUUACUUUUUGGAAGGUUUUUUUUAAUGCUAACAAAGAAAAGGAAAAAAAAAACAAGAAGAAUUUUGCCUGUCACUUAAAAAUUAUCUUUAGUAUUAGAGGGAAAGUACGAAGUGGAAUGCUUUGUACACAUCUUUGACAACUGUAUCCAAACAACUUUGCAGUUCUUUCAAUAAUAGAGCAUUUGCUAAACAAAGUCAAAAAAGAAUAUCCCGAAGUGAUACAUGCAUACGUCAGAUCCGAUAAAUGCCGGAUGCUAUCAUAAUGGUCCUCUUUUGCUGAGCCGUAAAGAAGUAGUCGAGAGAACCGGUGUUAAACCAGUGCGAUACGAUUUUUCCGAGCCUCAGGCUGGCAAGGACAUUGGUGACAGGAAGGCUGCUUCGAUGAAGGGGCAUAUAAAACGGUGGGUUAACGAGAAGCAUGACGUCAUCAGAGCCGAGGAUAUGAAAGCAGCAUUGGAAUCACAUGGUGGCAUCAAAGGAUGCAGGGUGGCAGUUGCUGAGGAGGACACCACACGUGAAAAAAAAAAAACAAAACAAACAAAGAUAAUAAGAUGCCAGGCAGCAGUAUACUGAACAAGUUGUCAUUAAGAGGAGAGUGGCAUCCCCAUGUGGAAAGCUUAUAACAUCCGGCUUGGACGUUUUAUCCCUUUUGAUGAUCUCGCAGUUGCACAAGGAAAAAUAGGAUUAAAAGUGAUCCAGUCAUUUGGUCUAACUCCACAAAGAGAAAGAGUGGAGGAAAGCGUCAGACACAAGUCUGAAAUCUACUCUUGUCAGCAAACUGGAUGCGUUCUAACGUUUAAGACCCAAUCAGAGGCAGAUCAUCACAUGGACACUGGCAAGCAUCGACUUGAGGUGGACUAUGAGUCUACGUACUACCGUAUUCGAAGAAAGUGGGCUGAAGCUGUGACAGGAGUGAUGUUUGCCCAAGAUAAUUCCGUCAUCGUCAUCGCAAGGGAGCAGUGCAAUGGGACAAGACUUAGCAGAUCUUAGACAUUCUGGAUGGGCUCUCAAGACAGUGAAACGUACAUCUAGGAUGUCUGAGAAAGUCAAGGCAUUCCUAGAAUAGAAGUUCAAAGAGGGGGGCAAGAACUGGAAAAAAGGCUGAUCCUUGCAUUUCCCUUGCAGGUCGCAAGGGAAAUGAAAAUCCUCACAAAUGAUGAUGGGCGUCCAACCUUCCUGCCUGAAGAAUAGAGAACUGCUCAGCAGAUAAGCAGUCUGUUCUCCCGUCUUACAUCCACGCAGCGUCAGAGAUUUGCAGAUGCUGAGGAAAUAUCAGAAGAAGACAUAGAAGCUGUUAAGGCUGAAAUGGCAUUGAAAGAUCUGAGAAGUUUGGCGAUAGAUGACGUGGAAAAACAAGUCAUCCAAUUAUCGUACGUGGGCAUAACAUCUGUGAACUUCUAAAAUCGAACAAGUUUGCGUCACUUUUAUUUCUUUCAGCGCAACCAACUUAAAAGUUGGUUGCGCUGAACCCAGAACCCAGCAUCUAUCGCGCUGCUUUCGCGAUAGGAGUUUACCUGCAAACGCGACUGUUCGCGGUACCUGUCUGGCUCGUGCAGGAAAGCUUUCUUUGGGAAGAGUUUUCAUUGCAAAUGGUGCCCACAAAACUGAAGAAAUCCCAUAAUUUAGCAUUUUAUUUUUUUCAAAACAAAACGAAACGAAAAAUGCACCAAAAGAAGGACUGGACUGAUAAGGUAAUUUCGUAAACACCAGAGUACUUCUAGGCUUGUUCAUGCAACUCUGCAAAUUUGCUCUGCCAGUUUUGUUCGAUCCUCUUCUGUCACCGAAAAGAAAUAUUUAACAACAAACUUACAAAUGGUAAAGGACGAAACAUUUUCUCCUGCACAUGCCUGACAAGUAUGCUGAGCAGGCGUAAACAGCCAGGUACACGAUUUAAAGACAUUUACAUCAAAUUCACUGCGAGAACUGAGUUGGUAGAAAUUUCAUAACUAUCUUGAAUCUGAAUUAACUGCUCAUUGCACAUGCAGGAAUGCAGAGAUGAAUCUGACAUCUACAACUACAAACAGAUUCAACUUUUGAAUAAUAAAUUCACUAAUGGAAUCUUAGGGGGUACGCUUGACCUGGCUUGACUGUUAGCCGCUUAUGUUUUUGACUGAUGAAUUCUGGUUCUAUACUGGAGCUUUGUUGAGUUUAAUUUUGCGCACGAAUGUACACACCUAAUCACAUGUACUCGUCCGCUCUGAUACGAGACAGUAUGAGGUCAUUGGUUUUCAUCUUUUUAGUGCAAAACACUCACUUCCUCUCUUGAGCUCACGUCUAUGAUCCUCACCCAGGGUAAGAUCCUUUGAAGAGCAUAUCACCGCGAAUUUGUUGUUGUUGUUUUUUUUUUAAAAAAGAAUAAAAAUAGAAAACUUGUAAUAAACGAUGCUGCGACGAUUUUAGAUUGAUAUCAUUUUUCUACAGAUUUUUAAAUACUUUUGCUUAAUAUUUUAAGUUGGACAUUUUUGGCCUGGGGCGAGUGACGCUUUUUGAGGCAUAGACCCUCGGUCACUUCUCGUGAGGCAUUGCGCCUUGUUUAUUCUUAUUUCACUGGACGAGCUCAUUUCAUCACGAGAAAGAAAUGGACGCCGUCUUUAAAUUUUCGGUAGUCAGUGAUCUUUUUCAGUUUCAAAAAGCGGCCCUCUUGAAAUAUUCAAGGAUUUUAAAAACAUUUUCGAGGAACCUCCUCACGGAGUGGCAGGGAGGGACUAAGUACUUUGCAAGGAAGGGUUCGGGGAAUCCAAGACAUGCGGCUUGCGUUUUUCUUGGCGAAACGUUAACCAGUUCACCUAGAGACAGAUCUUGAAUUUCGUUCGUUUAACCUACCACACAAAACUUAUAGAUAUAAAAUAUAGUUGUCUCAAAGGAUUUUCUUUUAGCUUCGUCACCUUUUUGGUCACCCUCCAGGACCAAAAGUUCAUGAGUAAAAACUUAUGUGUCGUGUACUUUUAAGUUUUAAACUUUUUGUGUUCAUUCAAUGCUGCGGCUAUCGAGAGUCUUUUGUUGUUCAAAGUUUGUUUGAUUGUCUGUUUAUUUAUGUGUGGUUGAGUAAGGCGUCGCAUAAACUGCCGGAUUCAUACGUUGUUAGGGCGAGCCAGGCGGGGUUGAUCAUUUAUUGUUUUUCUGCCUAGUUUACUUUCUUUAUAAUGUCGGUCGUAAUUAUUUCCUAUGACUUAAGAUGCAUGUUUUCAAGAUUUGACUGAGACGCGCGAUGUAUCGCCUCCUGUAUCAGGUUAAAAAUACACAUGCUUAAGCUUAGAAACAUUUUUUCUGGUUGCCGAUGAAAAGAACAAGUUCUAAAGAAUACUCGGUAGCCGUCUCAGUUAUAAAAAGAAAGCUGUAAGCGAAAGUCUUCCUUCGACGUGCGUUCAUGUCGUAUCCACCAUUCAACAGGAAGCUUAAAUAGGAGACUGGUCAUAAAGUACAGGAGGGGGUGGGCCGCAAAAAAAGUGGGUGUGGGCCAUCAGUUUUGUGCACAUGAAAAGGGGCUGGUCAAGAAAGGCCAUGCAACACAUUGGGGGUGGGUUGUCAAUAAUUAUGCCUCAAAUUUAUCAAUGGCAGGUAUGUAUACAUACAAAAUUUAACGCUUAAAUUGACAGUAAUGUAACUUUAUAAAUGACUAGGAAUAAAACUGCUCUCUAUCAUUACACCUCCUGCCUUAAAUGGUAACUUGCUGUUUUGACAAGAUUAUAACAAUAAGGAAUAUUCAUGUGAAACAAAUAUUUAAAAAAAGGAGCAAAAUGAAAGCAAAGAUUAUAAAACAUUGCAUGUAAUAACGUUCAGUCUUCCUCAAUGAAAUCAUCAUCAGUAUCUAUGUCACUGUCUAUCGCCAAAUUUCAAGUUUUGAUAUGGUAUCUUUAUUUAGGAGAUGAGGUUCAACUAUUUUAUCUCCAUAUGAACAUGGGCUUGCAACAGCUAGUGAAAAAACCCUUCGACAGUUUUUCUUUUCACGCUCAAUUAGGCGCUUUUUUUAUUUGAUUCUAUUUUCUUUUUGCUUUCUCUUUUUCGAUGCAGAUCCUCCUUUGGCUGUGGGGUACAUCCUCUUUUUUUAUCUUCAAGGGUUUGCAUAUUUGUUGAAAAGCUUUCCAGUAUUUUCGUUUUAAGGGUUGUAAGAACCCCAAAACAUGAAGACCGCUUUUUUUUUUUUUCCAAUUCACGAAAAUUAUACCUCAUUUUAAAGCUGAAGAAUUCCUUAACAUUUUAUCUGAUUUGGGUUGAUAUGCACUUUAAGUUACCGAUGUUAUUAAUUUAAUUCUCGUUUUGGUUUAAUCUAUUUUUCACAGAUGUCAACCAAACCACCUGCAUCGAGUGCUCUGAAGUUGAAGCCCUCAACUUAUCCUGCAAAGAUUCCAUUCUUCAGGUGCCGUGUUCAUCCCAGUGCUUUACAGCCAAGGGAAACAUAACGUAUUUCUACAAACGUGAUGAAGUUAUUACAACAGCAAUAGAGGAACGAGGAUGUGCUAAUUGUACGGGUAAGUACAUAUAAGUCUCAACAGCGUUCUGUGAGGUACUUCUUCCCAACACGGACACCUUGAGUUGGUCCGUACCUUUUCCUUUCACUCUCAGGCAGACAUCUCGCUAAGACGGACACUAAAUGACGGUCCCCAAAGGUGUUCGUCUUAUUGAGAAAUGACUAUAUGCUAUAUGGGUGAAGAAAGAAAGAACGAGACAGUCAUAAUCAUGGCCAGUAAAAUAAUGGGAGACGAUAACUUAGGGAAGGUCACUGUGGCGAGUUUAAUUAUAAACCAUCCCAUUACACCAUUUGAGAGGCAAGGAGGCUGACCGACGUAAGGACAAUAGUGGCACGUAUUUCUACUGAUGGUUCAUCGAUACAUGUUGAAGAAUAAGAGUAAUUGUAGCUCCUUGAUAAUACUUCUUCCGACCGCCCUAAGUUUCAACACGGAAAAAUAAUCGGGACACUGCGGCUCACACAAACCAUACCGUAAACUUUUGCUUAUAAGCCCCCCCCCCCCCUCCCGAGCCCCAGUCACAAGCCCCCUAGUUAUAAGCCCAUUUACUUGUAAACAAAAAAAAUUACCUCCAGUUAUAAUCCCUUACGACGCCCCUCCUUUAUUAUCGAUCCAGACUAGCUUUUUAAUUCCCUUAAAUGGUGACUUAUCCAUCACUAUUGAUCAAUUGAUAGAAGUCGUACAAUUGGAAAUUUACAGCCUUUGGGUUCCUUUUUGUUAACUGGUGACCGGUGUAGUCGUGAAAGAAUUUGCUAUUUUUAAAGCAUAGUCUCUUUGAGGGAAAAUGAACUGAUUCCGCGCAUGUUGCUCUGGCACAUUACGUGUAAAGCGCGAGAUCCACGCGGUUUCAUCGAAUAGCCAAAUGUGCUAUUUUUAGAACAAACUGCGCCAACAUCAACGUAACAAACUCGCGCGGGAACGCGCAAUUUUGGGCGGCUCUCGUGUGGAAUUUCAGGAGAUAGCCGAUCGUUUCGCGACUUUAUUUGAGUACCAAGUGCUUCAUUUCUCGAUAAGAAAGUUUUGCACAGUGGAACAUUGAGCCAAUGUUAUAUAAAGAUUACUAGAAAUACUUUUAUCGCAAAAACCUCGCGGAAAGUCGGCUCCUAGACCACUGCGCCACAUUGCCAAGGGCCAAUUUUGUUCCUUCUCUUUAUAAACGACCUGCCCUCGUCUGUAUAAUCAAGUGUCAAGCUAUUCGCGGAUGACAGUGUGCUCUAUCGCCAUAUUGAGUCUUCAGUUGACCACGAUAAGCUCCAGCAGGGCCUACUCCAGCUUGAGGAAUCGGCGGCUAUGUGGCAAAUGAACUUCGCUCCUAGUAAAUGUUAUAUCAUGUCCAUCGCCCUUAAGCGUCAGCCAUCGUCAUUCUUGUACACGCUGUGUAACACUCCCCUAGAGGGAGUAACGUUCCAGAAAUACUUAGGGGUCUACAUCACCAACUCCCUCAAUUGGACAAAGCAGACUGUGGAGGUGAAAAAGAAAGCGAAUAAGAUCCUAGGCGUACUCCCAAAGAACUUAUCGUCUUGUAGCGCUGUUGUCAAGGAACGGGCCUAUUUGUCCUUGGUCCGCCCUGUAUGCGAAUAUCGUUCCGUCGCCUGGAGUCCAUAUACACAAAAAGACAUUAUCUGUGUUGAAUCCGUUCAGCGUCGUGCGGCGCGCUUUUUUCGUAACGAUUACUGUCGUUCCAGUAGCGUUAAUACAAUGUUAUCGAACUUGGGUUGGCAAGAUCUUGAGACACGUAGGAAGAUCACCGAUUUGACAACGUUUUUUAAGAUAAAGACAGGAAAUGUGCGGAUAUCUUUCCCAAACGACCUACGCGAGGUGCACUCUCCCUACUUGAGGCAGUGCACAGCACUCAUUCCAGUUCCAGCAUUAUUCAUGUACCAUUAACGCGCACAAGUAUUUUUUUUUUUCGUAAGCACUGUUCCCGCUUGGAACGCUUUGUCACCUGUUUCCGUAUGUGCUGAUUCCGUUGUUGUGUUCCAUUCAAGUAUUUGUAAUAAUUUUAUGUGUUGACGAUUUUUAUUUCAUUUUUUUAUUUAUUUUUUUUUUUUCACAUGACUUGUAAUUUCAUUUGUAUUUAUUUAGUUGUUUGUUUUUAUUUUGCUUAUUUAUCUCGCAGUCAAUGUCAUGAGCUUCCGUGUACUGACCGUCCAUUGCCAGAUUAGCUUGCUAGAGGCAAUUAUAUCAAUUAAAGAUUAAAGUUGUGUUGCAUCGCAUACAAAAAAUAAACUUCGCUCGUUAAAUUUUGAGGGUUCUGUGAGUUUCAGAAAAUUGUCAAAAUUUGCUUAUAAAAAUGGUGUCCGAGGGGACCGAAUAAAGUGAUGCUCCUAUCUCCAAUACAAGAGUAGUAAGGAACCUAUGUUUGGUAUAUUUGUCCAUUACUUCACCUGACCUAUGCAUGAUGUUAGUAUCAACUUUAUAUUCUGUUGACCCCCUUCCGCUGACAUUUUUAACAUUUUUCCCGCUUUUCUCUGACAACCACUCUCACGGAUCUUCCUCCCUCCAUGCAAACAGCCCUUAGUAGCAACUCGCUUACGCACAUCUUUCAAUUUACUUCAUGCUUUUUCUUUACUUUAGACAAAGAAGCAAUCUGUGCAGCGUUCAAUUCCUCCUUGGGCAACAUGACCUUGCUAGACUGUGAUGUUGAGUGUUGUUCUGGCAAUAACUGUAACAAGCAGAACUUAACUGCGGUCAUUCCAGCAACACCUACGACCAUUCCAACACAGUUCCCCACGGCACGUGAGUAUUAACGGUCAUUGUACUGAGUAGAUUUAUACGGCUCCUCUAUCGAUAACAGUCCUUCCAACACCUGAUUUACAUGUAUACGCCUCUCCAACGCAAAAGUAUAUGAUUACUCUGACACCUGAUCUCGGACCCUCCAUCACACAAGUAUGACGUCCUUCCAAAGUACCAACCCUAUCUCCAGAUUUUUCCACUUGGAAAAUAGGUCCCAUUUUCUAAGGUAAAGACCUCGGGAUGGUGUUGCCAAAAUACACCAAUACGGAUGUAGGGGUUAGUCACGGUGCUAUCUCGGUAGGGUGGGAAAACACAAAAUAGUGCUUUCAUCAGCGGAGUUGAAAAAGUUAAUUUUCCACAGAUUAUCUUAGAAGCUAGUAUUGUGAACGCUAAUUUUUUUUAUUACGUUUUCGUUUUGGAGGGGACCGGUCAUUGACCUCCUAAAAAUUUUGGCAAAGAACUUCAACAUCAAACAGUUAGAGGUCUGCAGCAGACAAUAAUGAUGCAGCAAGUUCUAAUUGCCUUGAGAUUCUACGCAACAGAAACUUUCGAGCGGGCUAUUGGCGAUUUAUUUGGUGUUUCUGUAUGUUAUUCACAAGGAUCAAUGUGAAACUACUAAAAGAACAUUUCCUGUGAUUCCUUGAUUAUUUGGCGGGCCACUAAAGGAAAGUUAUAUGAUGUUACGCAGUCACUUACCGAGUGAUUGGGGCCAUCGAUGUGUUCACAUAAGGAUCUUAUGUCCAAACAAAGAAAUUUUAUCAUUUAUUUGAUCCGAACUCAAAAUUCAAAAAUCCUUAACAUAUACUAAUUUUUGUUGAGGUUGUUGUUCUUUUAUUUACAGCUGUCAACCAAACGACGUGUAUCGCUUGCUCUGAAAUUGGGCCAAGUAACUUAACCUGUAACCAAAGCUUUUUUCUGGUGCCUUGUUCUUAUCACUGUGCUGUACUUAGGGGAAAGAUAGAGUUCUACACUAAUGAUGAAGUUACUAUAGUUCCUAUAGGGACACGAGGAUGCAUCAACUGCACAGGUAAAGAUCUAGUUUUCAUAUGAUCGCUACGACCGUGAAAAAAGUUCGGCGAGCAGACCGAUCAUAGUAAACAUAAUACAUAGAUUUUAGCCAGGGCUAAAGUGGAGCUACUGUUAAUAAAUUUACAAUUUAAAUCAAACAAUAAACUUGUAUUCCACAAAUCAGUUAACUUUAAGGCAGAUUCAUAUAACUUUUGAGGGAGGGGCUAAGUGAUUUUAGGGAAAAAAAUAAUUUGCAAACAUUCCACGAAUGAAAGAAUUCUUACAUCGAGUUAAUAGUCUUAUAUGUACACCCAAAAAUAACAAUCAUUCACCUUUGAUCACAGUAGAUUAGGCUUGGACCGGGGGGAAGGGUGUUUCCAACGAAGUCGGUGGCUCAGUCCUUCUUCCAGUAUGACGUCACGUCUCGCGUUAGUGACUUUCAAAAUGGCGAUCAAGCUGUCCAUCGAAGAGACGGAUAACAAUUUCGAAUUUCGCACGGAUGUACUGUUUCGAUAUCUUGGAUUUUGCGUUAUUAAGAUCCCUGCUGUCAUAGAAAAUCACUCUUCUCUGGUACUUUUUUUGGCGUGAAACGUCCAGUGGUGUGAUGAAUUUUAAAGGUUUUUUUAUGGUCCAGCAAAUUUUCCGAGCAUUCAUAUCGACCGGUCACACGUUUAAGGCCCGGUGCACAGCAACAUUGAGGAAUUUAAUUAGACACAGCAAUAGGGGGUUCAUCAAAGCAAAUAGUAAGCUUUAAGUUUGCGUACUUCAGUUCUUCAGAGCCAAUGGAUCCCCAUAUGAAUCCCUUCAAAUUACGCUUUGCGCACCAUACACAUUUUUUACAACUAACUACAACACUCUUUUUUGUAAAGAACUACCAAACAAAGCUAAACAAAAAUGCCUGCAAGCGCCACACGAUGACAACAGCGAAACAACCACAGCAACAAUUUACCUCGAAGGGUUAAGCAGCAACAAUUAUGAGCGAUUAAAGACAAACAACACAAUCAAUUGUUCAAAAGGCCGAUUAAAUAGGGUAAAGGCCCUAUAAGUAAACCACACAAGAAACCAAGUUACUAGGAAUACGUUAUCGCAAAAACCUCGCAAAGCCGUAAAGGGUCAGUGGUAAGAAAAAAAUAGAAUUAAGAAACAAAAAUUAAACAGAAAAAGAAACAGAAAACAGCGUCGCCAGGAGUCGAAUCUGGUUUAUUUUCACGAGCAAGCAAUUCCUUGACCACUGCACCACAAUGUCACUCAUUUUUUGGAGAUUUCAUUACCAUUUUUCCCUGUCGUAGACGCUGUUCGAAGCUGGGGGAGCUCUAUUUAUCUUGAAUUCAAGAUACAUUUGAGGAAACUUAGCUUGUAAGCGCGUAUUUCGAAGCUUUUUCGCAUUAUUUCGGGUUUAGGGGGCCUAUCGAUGUAGAUAGUCGAUGAAACUACAAUAGAUGUACUAAAUUUGAGGGAGAGUUAAGAAAUCAACAGAGGCCCACACUCGAAGCGACUGAUAUUAAGUACGGUCGAUUUAAUCAGCGAAAGAAUAUAUGGAAUAUAAACGAGUGUGAUUCCUGAGUCGAACCUCACUAGACGUUGCCCGGCUAUUUUAGAGAAAAAAAAAAAAUGACUUAAUUUUUGACGACCUGUGAUAGUUAUCCCGAAACACGGCCCGCGACACAAAUUAACAAAAUUACACAAUUACUAACACAAAAUACCACGACGGCUUACACAAGCAGAUAAAAGUAACAACAAAUUUCACACACUGAUGAUCAAAUUAGCGAUAUAUAGCAGUAUUUACUAGCUUUUUUCCUUUUCCCCGACCUCUCUUGUUUUGUAUGACUGUGGUGUGGUGUUCCUUGUUAAUUGCACAGGCGACCCAAGACUCUCUCCCGUUACUGUGUGACGUCACACUGGCAAGCGGAUUGAGUCAAGAAACGUAGUUGGAGAACAAUAGAGUCACCUUCCUCCAUGCGCUUCUCUUGCACAACACUAAAAAUUAUAUAAUUGACAACAUUAUAAAACGUUUUCAUAAAGAGAAUUCCACUAUGCCCAGACUGUUCAGUCAAAUCAUUCUGCUCCUAUGUAGUAUGCAGGGUAAUAAUGGGCUUUAGCGAAAACUUUCGAAAAGAAGCCUAUUUUAAUUUAAUUUCCAAAAUCACCCCUACAGCCAGCUACAUCUGUAGUUCUGACUUUUGACAAACGCCAAAUUUGCAGUGCAAGCUGUUACGUGUGUGAAUGAACAGUAAUGGAGUUACGCUUUAUUAUGUUUAUCUUUUAAUGCUUUUAUUUUGUGUAAUCUUUAACAGCAUUUGAUACACCCGGCGUUUUGAGUACUCUCGCAAGCGAUGUUCAUGUACGACUUAAAACAACUGCCCAGCGAUUAAAAUUGCGAAAGAGAUCUUGACUAACAAUCAGACAAGAAAUAUAAUUCGGUGAAACAUUUACAAAGACAACAAUUGUGCGCAAAAACAAGCAUUGGGGGUGAAGUUUUUCUGAAAAUCCUGAGUCAUGUAAAAACCUGACAGAUGGGAAAAAACUUGGUCCGUAAUUUGCAGACAAACCUCCUCGGCUGAGAAGAGGUGUGUAUGGUUGGUCAAAGUUGGAAGUGUGCGUGGAAAGUUAAUGCUGGCUCAGACUGUGUUAUUCUAUAUGAAUUGAUUUCACAUAAAUAUAUCUUUCAACUUACUUUAUGCCGUUUCUUUACUUCAGACAAAGAAGCAUUCUGUCAAGCCUUAAAUUCGUCCUUAGCAUCUGCAAACGCCAGCUUGCUGGCUUGCGAAAUAGAGUGUUGUUUUGGUAACAACUGCAACAAUCUAAAUUUUCCUGGUAGGUAUAUGACGUGAGCGCAUCGUCCAACUUAUAAGGGAGGAUAGAGGAAAAGAUAGUUUAAUUUUCAUUUCCUUCUCCCUUUUCCUUCCGCCUCCCUUACUUUUUGAGUAAUUUGUCCCCCCUCCCAUAUUUUCCGAGUUUCUCCCUUGUUUUAACGAGUAAUAGUUCUUGAUGGCUCCUUUUCCUUCUACUUAUUAUGUUUUAUAAUUUAUUCGCUCUGUUUGUUGAGUGGGCGUAAAAAUGGUCGAAAGGUAUCAAAUGAUCAGCGAAGACGAUACAAUCAAAUUACUGGCCCAAACUAAAAGAUCUGGCAAGAAAACACGUACAAAGAAGGAUAGACGCCCACCGCUCCUUGAAGAAUGGCUACGUUGAAAACUCAUUCGUUUACAUCAUGAAACUGCGCAGAAACUAGCAAAUGUUUCGAAGAUAUUCUCAGUGGUAGAGCGUUGAGAGGUGGCUGUUUUCGUAGGCUCUUCACUAAGCGAUACUGAUCGAAACUUUUCAAUGGUAAAUUAAUCAUGAAAAAAAAGUUCAAUGAAAAGUGUACUACGAAAACAAUUUUCAUUCAAGAGGGCAAAUAAUGUGAUCGAAAUGUUUCUCAAAAUCUCUUUAAAACUUUUUUUGUCUGUGUGUAAUUCUCUCUUAGCCGGCUUCGAGUUUGGAAUGGCCAAUACUGGAUGAACGUACCUAGAAGCAAGAACUUGGCGUAAAGCUUUGUUUUUACAACCAGUACUAUGAAAAAUGAAUAUUCUUUAAAACUCGUUCUUUCCAAUUGCGUCCAGAAAAAGGUGUAUAAGCUUGUUUAUUUUUAACCUGAUAACGCGAGGCCAUGCAUGGUCUCAUAUCUUACCCGUUGCUUUCAAUGACAUAAGACUUGACGUAAUUAUGCCCGACUUAAAAAACAAAAGUCAAACCAGACAAAAAAGUGUAAUAAUUACUGAUCAAAAGCUCGCCUGAAAUGCAGCUCCUGAAAGCCAUUAAGUGAGAACAACGCUUAAGCUUUUUCUUGUAUUCUGCGUGAAUGGCAGGUUUAAGUAUAACCAAUAAGCCCACUUUUAAAUCGAUCGUCCCUUACGGAGUCUCUCCUCCUUCUCUCCCAGAGUUAGGUUUCUGAUGUUUUUUGUUUUUCAGCUAUGGGGCUUUGCGCGCGGAAGCUUUACUAUAACUUUCCACAAAUGACCCUAGCUAGUCGAGGUGGGUGGGUAGAACAGUGCUUAGGACGAUACAACAAGUAACUUCAAACUUCGGCUUUGAUAAAGUUUUCAUCGCCUUUACCGAUCACUAUCCAGCGGAAAGCGUAAGCCAGGCCACUGCAGAAGAUUUUGGAGAGGAGAGCGGCCUAUUGCAAAAUAAGACCAUGGGGAAGCUUUGCUAAAAAUUUGACGACAAAUCCGUUUUUCAAAGAUUGCCAGGGGGGUUUAACGCCAAAAACGGUUUAAAAAGGCAAAACUUUCAACGGUCAAGACGUCCUUCUUUGGGGUCCGUUUGAACAUUCUUUUGUAAACUUCCAAGUCCUACUGUAAGAUCAAAAUAUAAAGAAAUUUUCUCCCAGGACGCCGACAUUAUUUUAACAAUCAGAUAAGGCUGAGCACCCUCCGAGAUCUGAAUAAAAGAAAUGUUUGGAAAUCGAGGAGUGUGAUUAUAUUCGUGGUUUCCCUUUUAGCCACUUGUUGACUUCCAAUCAAGCCUCUCUAAGAGCGCUUUUCAGUUGAGCGUCAAAGAAAGUGAUCAUUAUUUUGGCGUCAUAAUUCUACUUUUAGAUACUAACUCAAAUUUUAUCAACUAAUCAGACACGUAGUCUUGUUUGCAUUGGCGCCGAGUGCAUGAACUGACUUUCUGUGCAUAAUGCGGUUGACAAGAGGAAUCAUGUCAAAUUUGGUCCUUCGAAGCUCUUUUGAAAACUACUGAUGUUGAAGAAAAUUCGAAAAAGACAUUUUCAUUCUGGCAAUCUUAAACGUUAUUUUCUUUUUCUUUUUUUUAGGUUUAGAAAAAAACGAAAUCGUCCCCAUUCCUGUGAUUCCUCUUCCAAGUGUGCCGUCAACAGAACAAAAGGAAGAGUCCGUGCAGAUCUCAAUUUCAGUUACUACAAACCAAGUAAGAGCCCGAAAAAUUAAGACGAUACGCUUUCGCAUAUCCGGUCCGGCCGAAGUCGGAAUUAACAAGGGCAUAGCAGGAUCGAUGAUUAGGAGCAAUUUUCUACUAGAUUUUGCCUGUUUGCCCCUGAGAAUUUACGUUGGGGGAAAGAUUGCGGGAAAAAAAAAAUAACAAAACCAAACAAACACUUUAAGACGGAGUCCAUCAAGAAAUUGGGUAAAAAAAUUAAUUUUCAGUGGACAAAAGCCUUGUGCCAGAAUAAUUUAAACAAUAUCGCAUUCUUUUUUACAUUUUUCAAUGGCUAUAGAUGUAAUUAAUUUUCUGUAAUAACACCAAAGGAAACUUCUCAUGAGAGCCCGAGAAAACGAAUGUCAAAUUUCACAAAAUGACAUCUUGCGUAUGAAAUUUUCAGAAUUUUAGCUGUUUUUUCACAAUUCUUGUAAAAUUUGACUUUUUUUUUCUCGGGCUCCCAUGAGAAAUGGUCUUUGGUCUUAUUACAGCUAAUAAAUUAUAUCCAUAGCUCUUGAAAAAUGUAAAAAAUAAUGCGGUAUUGUUUAAAUUAUUCUGGUACAAGGUUUUUGUCCACUAAAAGUUGAAAUUACUCAAUUUCCUGAUGGAUUCCGUCUUAAAUUCUGGGGCUUUUCAUUUCUCCUAGUGCCCAGCUUAAUUUUUUUGACCUUUUUUAUUAUUAUUUUUUUUCGUUGCCUUGAUUUCGUACCAAGCGAUCAUCGAUCGCGAGAGAAGGGAAGCUGCGAACUUUUAGUUCCUACUUUGACACUCCGGAAAGACGCUCGCAGCCUGCGAUUUUUCCCUCCCAAUAUCUAUAUUUAGUAUAUACUAAAACAGUGGAUAGUGUUUUUCGCGCGCUCUGAUUGGCUACUCAAUCAGUGAAUUCACAACUCCUUUUGAAGAAAUUUCUCUGCAAGAGCUAAACAAAUGCCUUCAAAAGUUUUAUUUGUCGGCAAAAAAAGCGAUGGCUGCGGCCGUUCGGUCAUUGCUCGCCAAAAUUGUAAUCGUUGGCAAUAAUUAAGCAAUCGCGCGUGCUUAAUUAUCUCUGGUCACUGUUUCAGUAUAUACUAAAACAAAAUAGUAUUCUCGGAAGUGGAGGUGGCAAGUGGUGGAUAUUUACCUCGCCGCUUUGUGUCUCGGUAAAUAGUCACCUCCACUUCGGUGAAUAAUUGUCAGGUAUAUAUCCCCAAAUAAUAAAAAAAUGACUAAAUAACAAUUUUGAAAACUGCAAGAUCGUAGCUAAAGAUAAACAAAAAAGGGAUGCACCAUCUGAUUGAUAUUUUGGAACCGCGGAUUGAAAUCAUUCUGGCUUGCAUAGCAAUGAGGAUUUUCAGGAGUUGAAUUUGAGUGAGGGAGUUAUUAACUAUAUUCAACAUAAGCUGAACACGAGAAAGGGGGCAACUUUCUUUUCUUUGGUUUCAUUUUCUAACUCAGUUUGAUAUUUUCUUUGACAGUAUGAAUGGAAUUUCCAAACCGACAAGACUUUUAAGGAAAAAACUUCUUCUGUUACAACAAGCUUUUGUUCUCAGAGCAGAGUAAAAUGUGCAUUAAAGGAAGCAAGGCGUAAAAGGUGAUUAUCAUAAGUGCCCGAGAAGUUUUCAUUCCAAAGUUUUCAUUCUCUCUUUACAUUUAUGAUUUGAAUAAAAAUGUACUUGUUGAAAGUUCUUAACGCCCCUCUUUGAGAUUCCCCUGAAACACCAUAGUGCAGGUUUGUCGGUAAAUGGGCUCAGUUUCAUAGUUCACAUCAAUUUGCUAGGAUGAAAUCCUGACUGGGAAAAUACAAUAGAAUUUCGAGACAAUUCAAACUGGAACUGUCUUCCCUUCCCAUGAAACAAGCUAAUUCGUUCCUCGAUUUCUCGAACCCCCCGAAAAUUCUAUCCUUUUCCCCAAGAGGUUCGGAAAUUUGUACGGGGUAUCCACUAUAGGGAACUUUAUAUUAGGCAACUAGCACUAGAUUACGUGCAAGGCGUUAAUUUUCAAUCUAUUUCCCUGACCGAUAACUUGUAACACCACCGGUCUUAUCCCUUCAUAGUCUCUGAUUUGCUCUGACUAAGGGCUAGCGUUCAAAAAGUCAACUUUUGUAUCUCUUCGUGCUAGUGAAGUUACCUUAUCAACUGACCAGGUUGUUAAAACUAAACAAGCAGUACAAUUAGGGGAUAAUUUUUUUUUUGGUUUUUGUUUUAUUAUUAUUAUUAUUAUUUAACUUACUUCUUUUUUUUUUUGAUACGGCGAGAGUACCAUAGAUAUAAUUGGCACAAAAAUUCGAAAACUGUAUUCGUACGCGAUCUUGUACUCGUAGUUAACCUUACAGGAUCUUUAGUGGGGUUAGGGCUAAGCAAAGUUGUGGUUUAGGGACGCGAAGGGCAGGCUCCCGAGUCUUUCGCCUGCUUUUAACACAACGUUCUUUUAAUCUAAGUUUUCGAGUACGUAAAAAGUCAUACGAAAUCAACAGGUCUUAUAUUUCAACACAAAGAACGGUAAACACAAAGAAAAUCACACACGAUAACGUGUUUGUUAUCUAAGGACAAAUUUCUAGGGUUUUUUUUUUUUUUGCGUCUCUAUAAUUUCUCCUUUGUUAUUAUUUAUUUGAUUAAUUUGUUUUUAAGAAGUUACGCGAAACGCUUUCUUCUCAUACAUGCAGAAAAAUAAUUCAUUGCUUGAUUUGUCGGUUUCCCACCAGACGCGCCCUCUUCGACCUCUACACCGCUGACCAAGUUCAUCUUCUCCCUGGUUACCCAAGGAACGCCUCAGGCUCCCUUCGGGUGGCAUUUUACGUCCAGCAGCCAAGGGGACUUUUCAUUGGAAAUGUGUCCAUAUUACCUGGAGAAACGCUGGUCAACAUUGUUAAAACAUACAAAUCAGAGAUGGAGACAGCCAUCGGCGCCAACAUUUCACGAGUUGAAGCGUUCAUUCAAUCCCUCUUGACGCCAACAACAACAUCACCGACAACGCUACCGACAACGCUACCAACAAAAGUGCAAGACAGCAAUGAUACCACCAAGUGGAUUGCUAUUGGUGUGGGAAUUGGGGUGUUUGUCUUGAUUUGUUUUAUUUUGCUCGUAACUUUAUGGUAA